AAUUUUUUGUCAUUUUUAUUCUGUAGUCGCGGAAGUGAAACAAUCUAUUAACUGAAAAAUUUUGUGUUUUUGUUAGUGAAUAAUUUUACUAUUAUGAAUUCAAUUGUUUUUGUCUAGUAUCUGUCUAGAUUUUGAAUUUAGAUAUUUCAACAUAAUUUUUUAGAUCUAUAUUACUUAGGAAUGCUAAGAAAAAAUAUGGCGCCUUCUCACCUGAGUGUUCUUUUGGUUUAGUAUAUAUUCUUUCAAACAAUUUUGACUUCAUCAAUUUUUAUUUAUUUGACUUGAUAUAAUACUUUUGGAUUGUAUUAUUUUAUAAAUUGACAGAAAUGGAAGCAACUCCUUUAUCUCAUAAAUUGUCUGAAGACUCUGGGUGUAUUUCUGGUUCCUUCUCAAGAUCGGCAAUUUAUGGUUCAACUCCAAGUAAUGAAUUUACAACCCCAACAUUGCAUAUUAGUUCUCGUAAAAGAAAAUAUGAUCAAUCUUUCAUUACUGGAAAACGCCUGCAAGAUGUGAUUGAGUCAACAGCCUGUACUUCAUCUCCUAUUUUCUCCAGUACUCUUAACGAAUCAUUGGUGAAUAACCUGGAAAAAUUUCACAUAAGAACUAAUAGUAUUCAUGAUAAUUCAAAAGAUUCCUUUCAUAAAAUAGCUAUACCUGCAACACCAGAGAAGAGAAUUGGUUAUUAUGAAGAAGCAAAAAAAUUUAAAACAGACUACUAUUUCAAUUUGAAAGUUAAUGAAUCGCCAGUGAAAGAAGCACAUGAUAUUUUAUAUGCUAAUCUCAAACCAAACAAUAAAAAAAUUUUCUCUCCUUUCAAAACCAGAGAAUGUUUGGAUAAAUUUUCUUCUCCUGUUAAAAAAUGCCUAUUUGAAAGUAAUGAAAAGACAAGGAUACAAAAGUUAUUCACGCAAGUUAUAUCAAAUCCAGUUAUAAUGUCUGUUAUGUACAGUUAUUUGUCUGAUGGUGAUAUAUAUAGACUGUCACUUGCUUCUGGUUCUUUAAAAGAUUCAGUUUUUAUGAAUAUUGAGGCAAGAAAUAGAUAUGAAAUUUUCAUGGAAGGCCAUAGAGAAAAUAAAGAGAAUUAUCAGCGUACACCUCCAAAUUCUCCAGAGAAAAGUGAUAGUCCUCCUAGUAGCCCUAGCAGAUUUAAUGAAUAUGUGAAGAUUGGUAAACUUCUGAGUGAUGAUCAGAGUCUAACUAAGUGCCCAAAAUGUCAAAAGCCAAGUAUCGUAGAAAAUUCUAUAGGACAAUGCCAGAAUGUAUCGUUUUGUGGUUAUAUUUACUGCCAAAAGUGUCUCAGUUUUUCGGAAACAGGCCCAGAAGACUUUUACGAUAGUUGCCAAUCUUCAGCUUUACUCAAAAGCAGUUCCAGAAGCCGGCUAUCAGAUAUGAGCAAUAAUGACCGCUCAAUGAAUCGUUACAACGAAGAAUCCUCUAGUCAUCUUUAUUCUAUAUUUCACAGUCCAAGAAACAGCAGGAUAUUUGAAGACUCGUCUGGUUUCAUCUCAGAGAGUGAAUAUUCACCUAAAGUGAGUACAUCAAGUGUUAAAAGGAAUUUAAGCCAAAAGCUCAAGAACAUUCGUCCCAAAACCCAAGUUUUUCAUAUGUUUAACGAUGUAGUUCCUCCAUCAGCACCUCCUAAGAAGAGAUCUGCUCUUAUAACAACCCCUGUUAUUCCAUUAGAAAACAAAAGUUUGCAAGACUCUGAACCUCCUAGUCCACCAAAAAUCAGGAUUUUGGCAUGUUCGAAACAGAGCAAGAGAAAUUUGAAACGUUUAACCAGAUAGCCAGUGUCACUAGGUUUUAGUCAUUUUGUAACUUUUGUUACUUUACCUCUGUUUUUUAUUUAUUGUUUUUGUUAUGCUUGGUUUAUAUUUAUUAGUUUUUUGUCAUUUUUUCAACUUUGGUGAAAGGAUUCAUAUAGUUGAUAAACUAGAUGUUGGUUUCCUCAAGUUUGUAUAUGAUUUAAUAUCAUGAAUAGGAACAUUGUAAGUAGUUUUUGGAGUUGUAAAUGUCAAAAUUUAUGACGAAAAGAUAAAAACCAUCUUAAAUUGAACGAAACCUAAAAAUUUUCAAGAGUAUCUCGACCGAACUCUUAUCACUCUAACCAACUAUAAGAAACUAAUUCUAUCAUUUCUAACUACUUCCUGUUUCUUCUAAUUUAAAUAAUGAUUGGGGAAAUUUUGAUACACAAUUGGAUUAAGAAUUUUUCAAUUUAAUAGUUUUUCAGGUGAUCUAAUUUGAAGGUAUUUGAGUAGAUUAUCAUAAAGAUUUAUUCUGAUGAAUGUUCAGUUUACUUUAAAAAAUGAAACAUACAAAGUUUCUUAAUAAAUUACAUGAAUUUAAAAAAUUAACUAAUCGCCUUUCCUCAAUCAAUAAGAAUUUCAAAUCAAUCUAUGUAAAACUAUAUGUACUAAAUUAUCUCGCACUAUUGAUGUUUCCGUUUCAUGUUUUUGUUAUCGCGCAUAGUCUUUUAAAAGACAAAUCAGUAAUGUACAUGUCUUUUUUUCUACUGAAGGUUGAAUAUAUAUCACCAUUUAUUUCAGCUUCUUGUAAUUUUUCACAAAUUAGAAUUUAUUUGGACAUAUGAAAUUUUUUUUAAAUCUUCAGUAGCUCGGAAAAAACUUAAAAACAAUCAUUUUAGAUGUAAACAUAUUUGAAUUCAGAAUAGGAAUAUGGAUAUAAAUAUCUCAAUAUUUAAUUCAAAAUUGUUGAGGAGAUGAUUGGUUGGCUAAAGGAAGGUGAAUACCUAAUUCGUCCUAUCAAAAACAUGAAUGUUUUAGAUGAUGAAUUUGUAUAUAUAAAAAAAGACUAGAUUGACUUAAGUCAGCAGGGAUACCUUACUUGAAUCGUCAUCUCUUCAAAUUUCAAACAGGAGAAGCAACAACCAUGUGAAAAGAUUAUUCGUAUUCAAACGAAGUGGUCUUAGCCAGGUUUUCACUUUAACAUCUACAUCAAGUUCAUAAGAAAAUUAAGAGAUCUAAUCUGGUAUAUUCGUUUAUGAUAAAGUUUUAACUGUAUUCCUAUUUUACUAUGUUAAAACUGAAUAUUUUAUAAAGAAACAACUUCCAUCAUCUAUUUCAGGAACAAGAAAAAUAUUCUUGAAUAAACAAAUCGUGAAAUGUAAAACAAAUGCAUCACAUCAGGAAAACUGAAUAUUGUAGAUUUAUAAUUGUUUUUCUUAUAAAAAAUUUGUGGGAAAAUUGGAAAUAUUUUUAUUGAAUUAAUGUUAUACAUUUCCAAAGGAAUUACUUGUACAACCGUUCCUUGUUAAUAUAUUAUUCUUUAUGACUCACUAUUUGUAAAUAUAUUGUCCCUGUUUCAAGAAGAGUUCUUCUGCUCAGGUGUUGAUUUUCUAAUGUAUUUUUAGUGCUCUUUUACCCUACAAAACAUCAUUGAUGAUAUGUUUUUAACAUUCCCAAAUAUCUAGUAUUAGAAAAAAGCAGUGCUUUUGUAACAAUGAAAUGAGUUUUUUUGCCAUGACUGUUAUUAUAAAUUCAAAAUUUACUCCAAAAUGUAUUUGUAUUAAAAUUCAAUCCUAUAUGUUAUACAAGAUAAUCAGAUCUGAUUUUUAUCAUCUUAUAAUUAGUUUAAUAUUUUAUUGUUCGUAAGUUAUGUAUUGAAAUUAUUCAUCAUUCCAUUUGUUAGUAAUAUUUGAUUAGUAUUUAAGGAAAAACUAUUUUUGAAAUAUAACAUCUCCAUAUAA